GAGAGGAGACACAGAGAGGAGACACCGAGAGAGAGGAGACACAGAGAGGAGACACAGAGAGGAGACAGAGAGAGCGAGAGCGAGAGAGAGAGAAAGAGAGAGACAGAGAGAGCGGUGCCCUUCUCAUCAUUCCACAAGUGACUGCUUGGUCUUGUUGGUCACAAAAUAGCGCGGAAGGACUAAAAAACGCACAAGUAAAGGGAGGGGAUUACGACACGGACACUAGCGGGGUCUGUGGAGACAGAAGCUGUUGCCCUUUGGGGGAGAAACAUGACAGUAGUGCCCAGGGAGAACCACGAUGAGACUGUGGCACUAACAGCCCUGUCCCAAGAUGUGUUCGACCCGGUGGAUCAGCGGACGGACCAGGAGUGCUGUGAGCGCGUGGUCAUUAACAUCUCCGGGCUGCUCUUCGAAACCCAGCUGAAAACGCUUGCUCAGUUCCCCACCACUUUACUGGGGGAUCCGAGGAAGAGAAUGCGCUUCUUCGACCCUCUGAGGAACGAGUACUUCUUCGACAGGAACCGACCCAGCUUCGACGCCAUCCUCUACUUUUACCAGUCUGGCGGCCGCCUCCGGAGACCCGUCAACGUGCCCCUGGACAUAUUUAUGGAGGAGAUCAAAUUUUACCAAUUGGGAGAAGAUGUGAUCGAGAAUUUUAAGGAGGACGAGGGAUUUAUAAAAGAAGAGGAGAGACCGUUGCCAGAAAAUGAGUUUCAACGACAGGUCUGGCUUCUGUUCGAAUACCCGGAGAGUUCUGGACCCGCCAGAGGGAUUGCUAUUGUCUCUGUUCUGGUGAUUUUAAUUUCUAUUGUCAUCUUCUGUUUGGAGACGCUGCCUGAGUUUAGGGAUGAGAAGGAGAAACAUUGGGACACUGAGCUGGCGGUGAAUGGAACUAACAGCUCUAAAAGGCCCAAUCCAUUCACAGAUCCUUUCUUCAUAGUGGAGACCUUGUGUAUCAUCUGGUUCUCCUUCGAGUUGUUCGUCAGGUUCCUCACCUGCCCCUCCAAGCCUGCUUUUUUCAAAAACAUGAUGAACACCAUCGACAUCGUGGCCAUCAUGCCCUAUUUCAUCACCCUGGGCUUGGAGCUGGCGGAGCACCAGGGAAACGGACAGCAGGCCAUGUCUCUGGCCAUCCUCAGGGUCAUCCGGCUGGUCAGGGUGUUCAGGAUCUUCAAGCUGUCCAGACACUCCAAGGGGCUUCAGAUAUUAGGACAAACCCUCAAAGCCAGUAUGAGAGAGUUGGGGCUGCUCAUUUUCUUCCUCUUCAUCGGAGUCAUCCUCUUCUCCAGCGCUGUCUAUUUCGCCGAAACCGACGAUCCAGACUCCGGUUUCAGCUCGAUCCCCGACGCGUUCUGGUGGGCUGUGGUCUCCAUGACUACCGUUGGCUACGGGGACAUGUGCCCGGUGACCAUCGGCGGAAAGAUCGUGGGCUCUCUGUGCGCCAUAGCCGGUGUGCUCACCAUCGCGUUACCGGUCCCGGUCAUCGUGUCCAACUUCAACUACUUCUAUCACCGGGAGACCGAGCACGAGGAGCAGUUUCAAUACACCCACGUGACGUGUGGCCAGCAGCAGCAACCGUCUUUCGGUGAAUUAAAGAACAGUGACAGCCAACCAUCAUCGCUUUCCAAAUCGGACUUAAUAGCCACGGAGGACGCUGAUUCUAUCAAAUAUACCAAUUGCAGCCCACACAAAGCGCACUGCAGCCCACACAAAGCGCACUGCAGCCCACACAAAGCGCACUGCAGCCCACACAAAGCGUAUACGGGGAAACUCACUAAUGUGUGAUAAAAGAGCAAACAGAAAAUACCCAGCAACGGGAAAAAGCAGACAUAUCCUUGAAGAUAUUCAGAGAAACCGCGUUUCUUUCUGUGAGUAGCAGAACAACAUCUCCAAUUCUGCGCUCUGGCUAGAGUAAGGUUUGGCUCUCUCUUAUUUCCGGCGUCUCUUAAUGCUGAAGGAAUUAUUUUUUUAAAUAGAUUAUCAUAAACGGUGGAUGAAUCAAAACGUGACUCGUGAAAACAGUCUUCCGUUAUGCGCACAGCUCUUCUUCGCUUGUUGGUUGUAAAACAUCAUUAUGAGGCUAUAUUUAGCCUCAUAAACAAAUAAACAACAACCAUGAUCCCCCCCCUCUCUAUUGCAGCGCUUUACUCUCUAAUUAAUGUCUCAUUUAUUCAGCCUAAUUUCGUGUUUUUAUUUUUUUUCCCGUUUUCUAAAAGUUUACAUAUUUAUCUGCCUGUUUGGUGUUGAUAUAUAAUAUAAUAGGACCAGUUUGUCUAAAAUUACUUGAAUGAAUCUUAUACCUACAGGGCAUUGUAAUGACUUAAAACCCCCCAAGGUCACCCAGUGACUCUACCCACAAACCCCCUAUUUAUGUACACCAUUAGACCGUUAUUGAGAGCGUUUUACUGGGCAGCGCUGCCUGGCAGCAGACCCUCUAUCCUCUCUGUCAACUGUGAUGAGGAAUGGGCAUAACAGAGGUCUAUCCAUCCAUGCAGAGAUGCCGUUGUCUUUGAUAGCGGAACCACAGUAGUCUGAAUGGUGUGUGUUCGUCUGGGAGCGGGCACAUCCAUUCACACCUUGCCAUUGAGGAUACUAGACAUUACGCACAGCCCAAUUGCCCUCUAAAACGACCACAGGCACUAUUCAAAUGAUUUAUAUGUACGGAUCAAUAACGAACAGCAUCGAAUCUGAAUCGAAUGAAUCAAAUAUGAUGCUAUUGACAUUGUUUACAACAUUU